AUGUCGGGGGCACAGGGAGCGCACCCGGUCGGGGAGACGACGCCGACGACGUACGGGUCGGUGGGCGGCGGGGAGAACCGCACGCGCACGGACCUGCGGUCGCGGGAGGACCAGGGCAACAUCCAGAUCGAUAAGGUGCAGGACAAGGUGGAGGACGCCGCGUCGCGCAAGGUCGACGACAGCGCCUUCGCCGCCAGGAAGGAACCGGGCCAGGCCGGCGACGCCGGGGCGACCGGCACCGGCGCGUGA